CAGAUAUUUUAUUCAUUUUCCUCAAGUCCUUAAAUAAGAAACGUGGUAUCAAAGAAAAACAUAAACCCACUGUUGCCUCACCCCAAAAAAAUUGGAACACUGUAUGUGAAGUGCCCGUCUAGUUUUCACUCAUGGCUGCUGCAAUAACUAAACUUCACAUAUACCCACAAGGCAUAGAUCAGUUUUCUUUCGGGGAACAACCGAGAAAUGGAUUACUUAGGCAAGGUUUUUUAUGGUCAGGUUCUGGUGGGGUACAUAGGGGACGUCAUGGUUUGUACGUGCAGAAGUGCAGGUCUUUUAGGUCUGAGGAUAAAGGAGAAGUGGAAGAGAAACAGAACAUAAGUGAGAAAAAUUGUAAGGUGGUGAAGGAAAACGAGGACAAGUUGAAGAAGGGAGGUGGGCUCUGGAGUACUUUGAAAGAUGCUGUUUCUGGGUUUGGAAGGUCGGAUUCACAAUCAAAUGAGGAGCAUACGAAGGCAGUAGCUAAAUUGGAGGAGGUUCUCUCAUUGAUUGCUAUCCAAAUAGGAAGAUAUAUUGUCACUAUGAUGAGCACUGGUGUGAUACUUGCAGUUGGUUUUCACUUGUCAGGUGGAGACAGUCAAAUGAAUACACUGAUUUGGUAUAGCUGGCUUGGAGGAAUUAUUAUUGGAACUAUGGUAGGUGCUAACAUGGUUUUAGAUGAACAUUGUCGAGCUGGUCCGCGCAAUGUUGUUGUGACUGGAAGCACAAGGGGACUCGGAAAGGCACUUGCUCGAGAAUUUCUUCUGUCUGGCGAUCGUGUGGUUAUUGCUUCACGCAGUCCUGAGUCUGUAGAUAUGACAGUCAAAGAGCUUGAAGAGAACCUCACGGAGGGAAUGGUCACCACCAGUGGUUCAUCUAGGACAAAUCUAACACAUGCAAAAGUGGUUGGCAUAUCUUGUGAUGUUUGUGAACCUUCUGAUGUGCAGAAAUUGGCAAAUUUUGCUAUCAAUGAGUUUGGAUCCAUUGAUAUAUGGAUAAAUAAUGCUGGCACAAAUAAAGGAUUUAGACCCUUGCUGCAGUUUACUGAUGAAGAUAUUAAGCAGAUUGUUUCAACAAAUUUGGUUGGAUCUAUUCUCUGCACUCGAGAAGCAAUGCGUGUCAUGGUAAACCAACCGAAGGGGGGGCACAUUUUUAAUAUGGAUGGUGCUGGUUCUGGGGGAUCUAGUACCCCUCUUACAGCUGUCUAUGGAUCAACAAAGUGUGGUCUUAGGCAACUCCAAUCAUCACUUCUGAAGGAGUGUAGGCGAUCUAAAGUUGGAGUACAUACAGCAUCUCCAGGCAUGGUCCUUACAGAUUUGCUAUUGAGUGGAUCAACUCUAAAAAAUAAACAAAUGUUUAACAUCAUUUGUGAGCUUCCAGAAACAGUUGCUAGAACUUUAGUUCCACGGAUGCGGGUUGUGAAGGGUUCAGGGAAGGCCAUCAAUUACUUGACCCCUCCUAGGAUAUUACUUGCUUUGGUCACUGCAUGGUUGCGGCGAGGUCGCUGGUUUGAUGCCCAGGGAAGGGCAUUAUAUGCGGCUGAGGCAGACCGACUUCGUAACUGGGCUGAAAACCGAGCUCGGUUUUCCUUCACAGAUGCAAUGGAAAUGUACACUGAAAAUACUUGGGUAUCUGUGUUUUCACUCUCCGUUGUUUGUGCCUUCAUAAUCCUUUCGAGCACGGGCAGCACUUUUCCUGGCACCUGAGUGCUCCUGGACGACUGCAACGCGACUCAUUCAGAACGUAUCAUGUCUAUAUUGUUGUUGAAGGAGCCUACUGAACUGUAUGCAACUCAAAGGAAAUACCUCCAAAAAGAGUUGGUGUAUGGUUUUCUUCCCAUGCAAACUCUGGAGCGGUACUUAACCAUUCAUAAUCGCUCAGCUGUUUUAGAUGAUGAGCCCAUUUUGAUUUUCAGUAUCAUACGAGUCAGGGUUUGUAGGGUCUGCAUACCUGCAAGAAACAGAGCAUAUAUUUCAUUUAUCAGUGCAGCAUUCUCUGCUAAGCAGUAUUUCUUUUUUAAUGCAAGCAUUCUCAGCUGAGGUGCUUGUAAAUUCAAUAUCUAUAGAAAUUGUAAUGAAUUGAAUUCAAUGUUUUGUGUACAAGCAUUCUUCUGCGAUCAGAAGUGCAGAACACUCACUGCUACAAUGGCUUGAUCCUCAAAUGCUAUUUGGGCCUUAAUUUAUAUGGAUUUUAUUAUUUAACAUAUGAAAAAUCAGCAUGAAUCAACGGUCCAGAUUUAUUCA